AUGUCGGACGGCCAGACGAAGCAGUUCGGGAAGAGCCAGAGGGUCGUGCCCGCCGACAAGGCCCAGAAGUGGUACCCCGUGGACGAUCAGUCGCAGCCCAAGAAAGUUCGCAAGACUCUGCGUCCCGCCAAGGUCCGCGAGACCCUCGUUCCCGGUACCAUCCUGAUCCUCCUCGCUGGCCGUUUCCGUGGCAAGCGUGUCAUCCUCCUCAAGUCCCUCGACCAGGGUGUCCUCCUUGUCACCGGACCUUUCAAGAUCAACGGUGUCCCUCUCCGUCGCGUCAACUCCCGCUACGUGAUCGCCACCUCCAAGCGUGUUGACAUCACCGGUGUUGACGCCAAGGCCAUUGAGAAGACCUCCGCUCCCGGAUACUUCACCAAGGACAAGAAGGCUGAGCAGAAGACCGAGGAGGCUUUCUUCAAGCAGGGCGAGAAGGCCGAGAAGAAGGUUGUUGCCAGCGCUCGCGCCAGCGACCAGAAGGCCAUCGACCAGGCUAUCCUUGCCUCCAUCAAGAAGGAGGAUUUCCUCGGCAGCUACCUCGCUACCACCUUCAGCCUCCGCAACGGCGACAAGCCCCACGAGAUGAAGUGGUAA